UUCCACUCAGUCACUGACUGACUGCGGAUCGGGAAUCUCGUGCCGUGUGUUGCUUCCCGUCGUGCCCGGUGGUGGUCCUUACCAAAAGUGGAAUGUGCAGUGGGGUGGCGACAUUGCCGCAGGGGGAAGAGAAGGUUAAUCCACCGAACGAACGAAAGUAGAAGGCAGAGCGCGCGACAAUAAGAACCAUUGAGCAAUUCUGGUUAAAAAUGUGCUUAGCGAAGAAAAUAAAAUAGAAAUCUGAGACAUAUGUGGCGGUCGACGAUCGACGGCGACAGCGAAAAAAGUCACUUUUCUUUCUCGGUCUGCCGUACGAACCGAGUCAAAUCCCCAUCACGCUCAGUGUUGGAUAUUUUCAUCCCGGUCGUCGGGUGUCUGUCGGGAGAGUGUCCUAUUCCUAUGUCCAACAUACGCACGCGAAAAUGAUGUGUCUGUGAAAAUUAGUGCUGAAAUCCGACGUAUGAAUCUCUUGGGACUACCCCGUUCCUGUGCACGGUGAAAAGCAAGGUGAAUUGAUUUUGUGUGAAAGUCAUGCAAAAAUGGCUAUCGAAUAGCUAAACGGAAGUGGUGUAGCCUUUAUAAUACUGUUCGCAAACUGAGAAAAACAUCAUGUGAUGGCGAAAUGGAGCUGAGUGAUGAAAAUUAAGCUGUUCAGCUGUUUUCGCGUAUAACAUCAAUCGUGAGAAAAAAAUUGCAAAUCUGUGAAGAAAAAUAAUAUGUGUGAUGUCCAUGGUGCUCAAAAAAUGAGUAUAUGAAAUUAAUCGGUAGUGAAAUUUAUCUUGAAAGUGUGAAAGUGGCAUAUUAAAAUUCACGGGAAAAAACAGCAAAGCCGUCUUGAGUAUAAGAAAUCACAGCGUUAUCCUGUAGUAAACAGUAGAGAAUGACCGCUGCAGUAAUGGCGGCAUCCGACGGCAGUUAUGAUCCAGUAAUAUCAAAGCUUAUCACAUCCCUCAAGGAAGCGGACAGUUUAUCGGACGAACAGGAUCUCGGCUUCCUGCAGAACUUGCUCCAAUCCAAGGAACUCAACGCACUCGUCAACGUACACAGCAAAGUAGCCAAAAUCAACAAGGAUGACCGGAUAGCACCGCUCCUGUCGGCAUCCAUGCAGGUACUGCUGGAAGUGCUGGAAUUACUAGCGCCACGAUGUCACAUCUCGCCGCUGUGCAAGGAAAUAUUCCAUCUGCUGCAGACGCCACAUUUGCAGAGUCUCCUGUUCGCACACGAUGCCAUCGCUCAAAAAGACUUCUACCCUCACCUGCCGGAAAUUCCAGUCGAAGUGGAUGAAGAUGAGGAAACCAUCAAAAUCGUGCAGCUGGUUAAAAGUAACGAACCACUGUGUGCUGGAGCACAGAGUGCGGAACCAAUCGUCGGCGCCACAAUCAAAACCGACGAGGAAACGGGCAAAAUCAUUAUCGCACGAAUUAUGCACGGUGGAGCGGCCGACCGAUCCGGGCUGAUCCACGUGGGCGACGAGGUAAUCGAAGUUAACAACAUCAACGUGGAGGGCAAGACGCCGAGUGAUGUGCUAUCGAUACUGCAAAACUCGGAAGGAACGAUCACGUUCAAGCUGGUACCUUCGGAUGGUAAACUGGACCAGCGAGAGAGCAAAGUACGCGUGAGGGCGUAUUUCGACUACGAACCGGAGAACGACCCUUACAUCCCAUGCAAAGAGGCCGGGUUGGGUUUUAUUCGGGGCGAUAUCCUGCACAUUGUUUCACAGGACGAUUCGUAUUGGUGGCAAGCUCGAAAAGAAGGCGAAAAAACGACGAGAGCCGGACUUAUUCCGAGCCGUGCACUGCAGGAAAGGCGAAUUCUACACGAUCGCACCCAAAAAGAAACCAAUGGGGAAGCUAAAAAAGGUUCAUGUGCCUCCAUCUGUUCGACACCUCCCGGUUCUCCCAAUCCUAAUAUUCCCUGCCGUGGACCGAAAACUAAAAAGAUUAUGUACGAUACAGCGGAGAACGAUGACUUCGAUCGGGAAAUGAUUGCCACGUAUGAGGAGGUGGCCAAGCUGUACCCCCGACCAAGCGUCUACCGACCGAUCGUCUUGAUCGGGGCACCCGGUGUCGGAAGGAAUGAGCUGAAGCGGCGUUUGGUUGCCCGGGACCCCGAGAAGUACAAGAGCUGUGUGCCAUACACAACUCGACCCAUGCGUCCGGGGGAAGUGGCCGGACGGGAGUAUCUCUUCGUAUCCCGGGAAAAAAUGGAGAGCGAUAUUGCCAACGGAAAGUUCAUCGAGUAUGGCGAAUACAAAGGUCACCUGUACGGUACUUCGGGUGAAAGCGUAAAGAGUAUCGUUAAUGCAAGUAGCGUUUGUGUUCUCAGUCCACACUAUCAGGCACUGAAAUCGUUGAGGACGGCUCAAUUGAAGCCGUACAUUGUGCAUAUUCGACCACCGCCUUUUGAUCAGCUCAAGCAAACUCGAACCAAGGCUCGUGCUCGAUCGACGUUCGACGAGAGUAACUCGAGGGGAUUCACGGAGGAAGAGUUCCACGAGAUGAUCAAAUCAGACGAACGGAUCAACUUCCUGUACGGUCACUUCUGCGAUGACGAAAUCGUCAACGGUGAUCUGACGGAGGCUUUCGAGAAGCUUGUGAACCUGGCCAACAAGUCCGAGACGGAACCGCUGUGGGCUCCGGCCAGUUGGGUGCAAUGAAGGCACAUCUGCUCUGCCGCCGCUAGUGCUGUCGCUGCUGCUGCUGCUGCUGCUACUACCACCACUGUGAAUGAUACCGCUGCUGCCGAGCCGGAGUUUGUUGAGCUUACAUGAGGACCGAUCAUAAGGUGUUCGUAAAUUUAAACCAAUUGAAUAGAUAUUUUUCUUGUUACCGUGAAAGUUGACAUGGACAGGGCUUCUAUGUACUUCAAAUACCGUCGAUUUAUGGCUAUGGGAUAUAUGCGUCAUGAGCCGAAAUGAGCUGAGCAAGGCCAUUAGCGGGCGGGUCAGAGUUAGCGAAAAGGCGAUAAAAUGGUUUUAGUUAAAAUAUUGUUUCGUUUGUGUAUCAUAGGUUUAUAGUUUAAAAGUUUUCCGCGAUGAGAAUUCAAUUUCUCAAAAACCCUCAGAGAACCAAACGUCCAGUUUUAGUAUAGGUUUUUCAAACUUUUUUAUUAAUUACUUAAACUGAAUUUAAGUUUGAAGUUUUUGGUUUGAUAUGUUCUCAUUACUAGAAGAAAAACAAAAAAAAAACAAUAAUGUGCAGCUGGCAAUAAGAGAAUUGUUGAAAGUGCUUCUAAACGGUUUAAUAUUUUCCGAAAAAGAUUAGUGCCUAAUUUCAAUAACUAUAUGUUCUACUGGGAAGCAAAGUAAAUAUAAAGAUGAAACUGAAUUGGACAUUAUCUGGUAGAUUGCGUUUAGGUUUUAGAUUAAACGAAACAUGAACAGUAAAGUAAAAAAUACGUUACACUGCCCUUUAAUUCAGAGUAAGUUUGGUAUAGGGAGGUUAUCCGAGUAAAACGUUCGAAAAGUCGUUGAUCGAGUUCUAGAGAAUAAAGCUCCUGUGUUAUUUGUGAA